UCUGCCUUAUGAAGUCACAAGGAUCAGAGGGAAGUCUGUGAUCUCCAGCCUCUUUAUUUUGUAUUGUUAUUUUCCCAGCGGAGGGAGGAAAGCGGCUGAGUGAAAACAGCCGAACGCGGGGACGGGCUGCACCAGCUAACUGUGGCCGAGGACUGAAUCAUUUAAAUCAAUACCAACAUCGAUAAACCACCGGGAAAACAAAGGCAGACUUGGAGCAGCUUCAAUGGAUCGAUACGAUAACCUCGACCUGGAUCUGGAGUGUGAAAGGGGAGGAGGCGUAACUGAAAAAGCGGCGUUAUUUGGUGGGAUGUUUAAGAAAUCCCUCAAGUCAUCAGAACCCUCUCUCAAAGAACAGGACAGUUUAUCAGUCAGCAGUGAGCUUUCCAAGAGCGACGAGAGUCUGACUGACAGCAGCACCAAGGAGAAAGGAAGCGUAUUUAAAGGCAUGUUUAAGAAGACCAACAAGGCUGCCAAAGAGGAACAGCCACAGGUCUCCCUGUCAGUACAAAACCCUGAACUGUCCGUCAGCAGUGACGGCUUAACAGACAACAAGCCAUCAAAGGAGAAAUCAGGUGUGUUUGGUGGGAAACUGAAAAGAUCUCCUAAACCAGGACAUGUCCGCAGGCCCUCACAGGAUCUUUUGGAAGACAAGUUUGCAGCCAUUGACGACAGUCUGUCAGAAAACACCACAGCUAAGGAAAAAUCCGGUGUGUUCGGUGGGAUCCUGAAACGACAUGCCCGGAGGCCAUCUCAGGAUCUUCUGGACAAUGAGCUCACAGGCAGUACCGACAGUCCGUCUGAAAACACCACAACUAAGCGGGAGAUUGAACUUGCCUGCAUCAGCUAUUUGGCAGAACUGCUGCCCAGUGAUAGAAAAACUAAAUCCCUGCCUGCCCAUCUGACAGAUCCAUAG